AAUCCUCAGAAGUUUUUGCCUGCUGCAGUGUGUUUGUGUGUCUGUGUGUGUGUCAGUGUGAGAGAAAAACGGCGUGCGCGUAUGAAUUUAUUCAUGAGGAACCGUUUAACUGAAUAAUUUUGCACUAAAUAAUAUUUAAGGCAGCUUUGCUAAAACCACGGGAAAACAGCCCACUCCCGGUGAAAUCAAGACUGUCACCAUGGUUGCCACAAGCACAUUAAAGACCAAAAGCAGCGAGUGUAUCUCAGAAUUGGGUGACCGGAGGUAUGACCAGGCUUGCAUUGAGAAAGAGCUGGAUUUCUGGGAUCACUGCUUUGCUGAGCCCCAGAGGAAUGUAGAUGUCACCGAGGACAGAACCUGUCAGCAGCUGGCCAAGAUGUUUGAAAACUGCCUGUCACGAGCCAAGAAGACGACGCUGCACUGCUCCUCUGUGCUGGUACCAGAGAAGCUCACACGGAGAAUAGCUCGCGAAGUCCUGCGGCUGGCGUCUUGCGAGCCCUGCGGCCUGCGCGGCUGCGUCCUCUACAUCCACCUGGAGCUGGACAAGGGCUGCAAGCGGCUGGAGCGCAUAGUUUACGAUGCCACCGUGGUGCCCACAUUUGAGCUGACUCUCGUGUUCAAGCAGGAUGGCACCGCCUGGCCCAGCCUACGAGACUUCCUCUUUAUGGGAACCUGCUUUGCCCCGACUUUCAGGCACGUACUUAAACUGAGUCCAGGUUUCCGGCUUGUCAAGAAAAAACUGUACUCCUCCUCGGCUGGUACCGUGGUAGAGGAGUGCUGAGCUAUAGGAGGGGUUAGAGUGGGAUCUUGGGUUUCCUGUGGGUAAACGCACUUCUGCCCAAAUAUAAAUGGCACUCCAGUGGUGUCACAUUUUCUACAGUGUUUUUGUACAAUAUAGUUUGUCAGUUCAACUUGGUUCAAUUGGAACUUGGGAUGUAAAGUUAAAAGCUUAUGCAUAAGUGAGCCUGAUAGUUCUGGGUUUGGCUUCAGUGUAUCUCAAAGUGCAUUUUUUUAUCAGCCAAAUUGUAAUAUUCUGGGUGUUUGGGUCUUCUUUUUUUUCCUAAUCAGAGCAUUUGUUGCUCAGACACAAUUUUAAAUUGUACAUUUUGCAGAUGAAUGUAAAACCAUGUUUGUGAGGGACAUACUGUGGGUACACUUUUGUUAAAGACACUAGCCACUUUGUUGAUGCAUCGGCACGUUUCCAGAUACACUGAAUGUGUUCAGCAGCAGUAAACACACCUAGGCUUGAAUAGGAGACUGAAAUGUAGUCUUUGGGGGCCAUGUAGCUAGUUGUGUAAUGCUGUAUUUAGGGCUGCAGAUGUUUUUAAGACUGAAUGUCCUGUGAAGAUGCUGCUGUCAUGGUGUGGGCUUCUCACACUAGGGCAAUGUGGAUGCCUUAAAUGUCAUAGAAAUGUACUUCUUUUCACUUAGAUCACAGCUAUGUGUAUGUUCAGUGUAAAUGUUUUAUUGCAUUUUUAUUUUUAUACCCCCUCCCCGAGACACGCCUUUUGAAUGCAGAGCCUUUAUAGAUCAUUAAAAGGAUGGUUCAACCAAAUAUAAAAGCUUAUUUGUUUUUAAGUAAUUUAUAAAUGGGGAUGUGCAAAGGAAUUACUGGAGAUCCAGCUAGUAAUUUGUGAUUUUUGAUUAAUUCCCUGCAGUUUUUUUUAAAAAUGCCAUUUGAACUUCCUGUUGAAGGAAAUUACGUCUUGUCUAUUAGACAAUAAAAAAUGUAAACCUUG